UUCAUUCAUUAGCGAGCAACGCUAGCGAACAGACGACAUUUCGGUUGAAAUCAAAAAGAAUUUUAAGUUUGGAAAAAAGUGAAUAUAAAUCCAAAAAAUAUAUAAAUAUAACUAAGAAGAAAAAUAUAUAGAAUUAAAUAGAAAUAAAUCGUUUAAAGAAAACAUAUAAAAUCAAGAUUUGAUUUUUUUUAAAGACAGAGUCCAAGAACUUAAAAUUGUUCUUAACAUAUUUACAAAAAUUUGGUUUUUCUAAAUAACAAAAAUUAGUGUUUAUAUGUUUGUUAACCUAACAAAAUGAAAGAAUUUGCAAAAUUCUUGGCUCGUCGCUACAGUGUGGUAAAUGCUGAAGAAGAUGAUGCAGUGACCACCAAUCACCAGCACCUGAACAUGGAUCAUGUGGAGAAACGCAAAAGUCUUAAUGCGAGACGUUCUGUCAACACCUCUGGCAUUCUAAAUUCGUUUUUUAAUGAGCGAAGGAAUGCAAAUAGCGCACGAUCACCCAAAUGUGCUUUUCUUUUGCUUUCCCUUGGCAUAUUGGCAAUAUGUACUGCUGCUUUGAUAAAAAUCUUUCAUCCUUAUGAUUUAAUUUUCAAAUGGAAACUCACAAUGUCGGAAGGUGGUGAAAUUUUUAAUUUGUGGGCUCAACCUCCAGUGGAUUUAUAUUUAAAAGUAUAUUUAUUCAAUAUAACAAAUGCAGCCGCUUUUCUGGAGGGCAAAGAAAAAUUGAACGUUGAACAAGUUGGACCAUAUGUAUACAAGGAAAUUAUGACACACGAGAAUGUAACAUUCAAUGAAAACAAUACCAUGUCAACAAAUCCCAGUCAUCCUUUGGUAUACCAAGAACAUCUCUCAGUUGGCCGCGAAGAUGAUGAAGUUGUAAUGCUAAACAUUGCCAUGUUGGCCAUAUCUCAUUUGACUGCUGAUAAGCCAUUUUUUGUGCGCAUGGCCUUGAAUAGUCUGUUUAUGACCCAGGACUCUCGCCCCAUUGUUCGAAUGACAGCCAAGGAGUUCAUGUUUGGCUAUGCAACAACUUUGACAUCAUUGGGAAAUACCUUUUUGCCAGGCUGGAUACAUUUCGAUAAAGUUGGCUUGGUCGAUAGGAUGAUGGAUUUCAACAAAGAUUAUGAAACCUUCCACACUGGUGUUUCUGAUUCUCGUAUUUCGGGCCUGUAUGCUACAUAUCGAGGUUCAGAAAAUCUGCCUCAAUGGGAUGGCGAUCAUUGCAGCAACAUUAAUUAUGCUUCGGAUGGUGUUAAGUUUCCCAGUUUUCUGGAACCCAAUGACACCAUUAAAUUCUUUAGAAAAAGUAUGUGUCGUCCAGUUCGAUUACGACGUGCUGAUGAUGAGCGUAUUCUCAAAGGAAGUUUAACUGGCUAUCGUUAUAUCUUUGAAGAGAACAUGUUGGACAAUGGUCGCGUUAAUGAGAAGAAUAAAUGUUUCUGUCGCAAAGGUUAUUGCCAACCAACUGGCUUGGUUGACGUCACCGACUGCUAUUACGGUUUUCCUAUUUCGCUAUCAUUUCCUCACUUUAUGGAUGGCGAUCCCAAGCUACAAAGAGAUAUAACUGGUUUGGAACCCAGCAAGGAAAAUCAUUCUUCAGAAUUUAUAGUACAGCCGGAAUCUGGCUUACCACUUUCUCUAUCGGUUAAGGUGCAAAUCAAUAUGCAUUUCAAAGAUUUGUCCGCCUACAGUCGUGUUAAACGUUUUAGUCAUCUCACUAUGCCCAUGCUGUGGUUUGAAAUCACCUUACCCGAAUUACCCGAGCAAUUGGAUUCCAAAUUCAAUUUCUAUUUGAAUAUCCUACCCUAUGUGGAGAUCUUUGGUUUCUGGGGAGCCCUAGUAUCCGGUUUCGCCUUAUUGCUAUAUGCCGUUACGCGUGCCACCUUGAGAUUAACCACCAUGACCCGUAAUGGCCAAUUGGAACUUAGUUAUGGCAAAGCCAAUCUUCUACAGGUGGCCUCAAGUGGUGUCUAUAAACCUUGUGAAAUGACACUUUUACACACAAAUGAAAAGCCUAGUGUAAUUCUGUGCAACAAUGGCCAUGAAACAAAUGAUUUGUAUACAGAACUUAAGCCCAUGCAAAAACAGUUGGAGAUAAAACGUGAUUCUUUCGCCUUGGAUAUGGAGCCUGGCCUUUCAAGUAGUGAAGCCAGCAGUGGCGAUGAGGAUAAUGAAAGUCAGACGGCAACACUAACACUGAGUCGCAAUUCUACAUCUUCUUGCUCCUCCGUAGAUGGUGAUGCAGCAAAUGAUAACAGUUUAAAUUCAAAUUUACUCAGCUCUGAUGAGGAUGAGGGCGAACAAAAUAACGGUAUUAGCAUAGGCAACAGUAGAAGUUCGGCGGCAAAAGAUUUACAUGGAAACAGCACUCCUGCUGCCCAAGAUGGAAACAAACAAAGUGGCACAACACCGUCGUCCACAUCAACUACGUAAAAAGUAUGGAAGAAUGCCAAACUGGUUUCUUCUUGGAAGCUUAAGAAUAAAAAGAACACAUACAGAGGAGAUUAAUUAAGUUUUAUAUCCAUAUGUAUUCUACUCAUCGAAUCGUGAUGACUUACCACCUAACCUAUGGGGUAUCAUGGCAAUAACUAUCAAACCCAUCAACCAACACCAAACUAUAAAAGCACGCACCAGCACAAAAUUAUCGAUUUUCGAAUCAGAAUCAGAGAAGAAAAAAACAGAACUAAAAAACAAAAAAUCAUGAAAACAAAACUGUGAUAGAAACAAGUCGAUAUACAAGUUAAUCACUGUUGUUGGCAAAUACGGAGAAGAUUCGCAGCUUCUUCUUCCUACAUCAUUUGGCUUUAUGGGAUUUUAUUUAUUCACAAUUCAUAAUGGUACAACAAAUGCUAAGUUAAGUUUUCUUUUUUCGAAAGUGUUUAACUUAAAAUUCGAUUUACUCAUCUCAUGUAUACAUAGCCACACACAUUUCCAUAUCCAUUACCAUUACCAGCACCAUCAUCAAUAUUAUUAUUAUUUAAAAUAUCAUUUGAACUUAGUCCUAAAUUAAACAUUUAUCCAUGUGGAUGACAGCUUGCCCACUCAUAUGCAAGCAUCAUGCAUCCAAACCACACCCCCACCCCCUUCACCUUAGGUUUAAGCAUAUUUUAUGUAGAUUCUUAGUCCAAUACCGCCUCUGUGAGGUUUCAACCAAAUGUUUUCUUUUCCCAAUUGGAACAUGUAUCUCAAGAAAAAAAAAGUGAAUUUAUUAUUUGGAAAUUUUGUAAAAAUCCAUUAAGAAAAUCUAAAGAGGUUGCAGGGCAACCCCGCUAUUAAGCACAGAUUUUGUAUUGUUUUGUGAUGUGCAGAGCAAAAAAAAAGGAAAAA